AUGGCCGACAUCUAUGAUCAGUCUCGACAAGAUGCGCUACAGCGUCUAAACCAGACCCUCCUGCAAAUCGAUCCAUACAUUCUCCCGCCAUACCCUAACCUCUCUCUGGUCGCUGGCCCUCUCGACCCUCCCCUUUUACAACUAACACUGUCACAAUUACUGUCGCAACAAAGUGCAGCAUAUCCUAACAAUGAGGCCGUCGUCAUACCAUGGACAGGUGCACGAUGGACGUAUCAAAAGUUGUGGAACGAAUCCAAUCUUUUGGCAAGAGCUCUACUGAAGUAUGGCGUCCGACCGAGAGACAGGAUUGGAAUUAUGAGUGGCAAUUGUGAAAAGUACAUUGCGUUGUUCUUCGCUUGUGCGAGGGUUGGCGCGAUAUGUGUCACGCUCAACAAUACCUACACAGCGACCGAGAUGGAGUACGCUCUGAGACAUACAAGUGCGUCAUGA